AAAGCCACCACCACCACUACCACCACCAACAACAACAAUAACACAGUACCACCACGACCAUUAUCACCACCUCCUCACCCAACUCACCAUCUCAUCCUCACCACCAUCACCGCCGCCACGAUGGACGCGUCCAUGGAGCGGCGCUCGUACCGGUCCCUGACCAAACCUCGCCGCGCGAGACGUCACCACAACGCAGCCCAGGGCAAAGGACAAGGCCAGGGUCAAGGUCAAGGUCAAAGUCAAGGUCAGGCGCCGGGCCUGUCGGGGUCACUGCUGCUGCACGCGAGCGCCAACGCCGGGGAGAGGCUGGCCGAGCCGCGGGCCCCGCCCAAGUCGUACAGCUCCAGCGAGACGUUGCUCGCCCGGGGCCCCGCAGCGGGGCUACAGCAGGGGCCGAGCGGGGCCCAGCGCGGACCCCCUCCACGGGGCCCCGGCACCACCACGCGGCCCCCCCGCGGAGGGGCCCUCUGGGAGGCGGAGGCCGGGGGACACGCGGUGAGAGGCGGAGAUUUCACUCUGAAGGAGAUGAGCCGAAUGGGGGGCCCAGGGGGCGGCCCACCAUUCCCCGCGGGUAACCGAUCCAGCAGUGGCCUGGCGCUGGCUCUCAACAGCGGCGGGGGUACGGCUCCUGUGGGGUCAACGGGGGUCAUGGGGGUCAUGGGGGUCCUCUCCUCCUCCUCGUUCGCCUCCGGCCUCCUCCUGCCGCGCUCGGCCAGUAAAACUGAAGACGAAUAUGGAGAGGACGUCGACGACGAUGAUGACGAUGGUGACGAUGGUGACGAUGGUGACGAUGAUGACGAUGGGAACAAUGCUGCUGGUGGGAGACGUCACGAUGCUGCUGGUGGUGUUGGUGGUGCCGUGGGUGUCAUCGGUGGAGGUCUGGCGGCGGGAGGUUGUGCUGAUGAUGACGACGACGACGACGACGAUGAAGAUGAUGAUGAGGUCGACGACACGGGCAGAAGGUUGGGGGUGCGAGGAGGAAGAAUCGUGGACUUGAGCGCGCGGUUCUACGGGGCUGGCGAUGGUGGUGGCGGAGGCUGUGGAGGAGGUGGUGGAGGAGGAGGUGGUGGAGGAGGAGGUGGUGGAGGAGGUGGAGGAGGUGGAGGUGUCUCCCGCACUGGUCGUGGGUCGUGUCUGUCGAGCCGAGCCAACUCAACCCUCACGCUCACGGACACGGAGCAAGAGAACAGAUCGGAGGGAGAGAGCGACACCGGCCUGGGCCACCAGACCCACUCCGUGCUGCGAGGGAGCCACCACCACCACCAACAACAACAACAUCAACAACAACACCACCACCAACAACAACAUCAGCACCACCAACAACAACAACACCCUCACCACGGCAACUACGGCACCACUCCUCACCCUCUGAGCCACGGGCUGCCUCACCACCACGCUCACCACUACCCUCACCACCACCACCACCACGCUCACGCGUCGCUCUCGGCCCUGGCUCCUGGGUCCGGGGGAGCCGCCUCCGGCGUUGAGCCUCGGCGCGGGUUCAGCCCCACGGAGCCCCCCGCGCCGCCGGCAAGGGUCGAGUCGGGCCGUGGUGGACUCGGGGACGCGUGGGGGAUGAACAGCAACGUCCCCCUGGAGACCAGACACUUCCUCUUCAAGCCCGGCUCUUCCCCUUUACUCGCGGGGGGCAUCAGCGUCGCCGCGGGGAGCGGGCUGGUGGUGGCCUCAUCCUCCUGCCCAACCGCGGGCAGCAGCAGCGGGGGCAGCGGCGGCGGUGGCGGCGCGGGCAGCAGCGGGGGCAGCGGCAGCGGCGGCGGCGGCGGCGUCUACGCCCCGGGGGCAGGGCUGCCCCGCCCGCUGCCCAGGGCUGCGUUGGCCCCGCGGGCGGCGUUCUCGUUCCGCAAGCCCGAGAGACGCCGCUGCUCGUGGCGCUGCGCGGCGCUCAGCGCCACGGGGCUCGCCGCCACCCUCGCAGUGCUACUCGCCUACUUCGUCGCUAUGCAUUUGUUCGGAUUGAAUUGGCAGCUGCAGCCCACAGACGUGCACACCUAUGAGAACGGGGACAGCAGAGCCAAGAGCCCUCCUGUGGGCGUGGGUCCCCAAUCGCUGGACGCGGGCGAGGUGUGGGUGGGCCGCGAGUACCUUCAGGACGUGCCGCCGGGCGUCUACUGGCGGACCCGCGUCUCGCUGGACGGCGGCGCGCGCCUCCUCAAGUUCAACAUCAGCCUGCCCCGCGACGCGCUGCUCGCCGCAUACGGCCGUAGGGGGCUGCCCCCCACUCACACGCAGUACGACUUCGUGAAGCUCCUGGACGGCAGUCGUCUGGGGGGUGGCGGUGGCGGCGGCGUUGGCGCGGGCGGAGCCGCUCGUGAGGAGACGGAGCCCUCGGCACUCCCGGGGGACGUCGCGGGGGGCGAGAGGGCGAGGCGCAGCCCCGGGCCCCAGGGCUCGGCGAGGGCGGCCCGGGGGGCGGCGGGCGGAGCGGGAGGUCGCGGCCCCCCGCGGAGGCACGCGGGGUUCAUCGAGUACCUGGAGGGGGGCACGUGGCACCUGGCGCUGUACAACGACGCCCACAGCACCCAGCUGCUGUCCUUCAGCACCAGCGCCGUGGAGUCUCUGGAGGCCUGUACCAACAACUGUCACGGCAACGGGGAAUGCCUCUCGGGAUCCUGCCACUGCUUCCCCGGCUUCGUUGGCAUCGACUGCGCAAGAGUGUCGUGCCCCGAGCUGUGCAGCAACAAUGGCGAGUACGCGGCGGGGGAGUGCCGCUGCCACACCGGCUGGAAGGGGCCCGAGUGCGACGUCCCCGCGUCCCACUGCCUGGACCCGGCCUGCGGGGGCCACGGGGCCUGCGUCAUGGGGGAGUGCGUCUGCCACGGGGGCUUCAAGGGGCCCGGCUGCACCGAGGUGGACUGCAUGGAGCCGGCGUGCGGGGGCCGAGGGGUCUGCGUGCGGGGGGAGUGCCGCUGCAACGCCGGCUGGGGGGGCCCCUCCUGCUCGCUGCCACGGCCCCCCUGCCCCCACCUCUGCUCGGGCCACGGCUCCAGCGAGGCCGAGAGCGGCGCGUGCGAGUGCGAGCCCGGCUGGACGGGGGCCCAGUGCGAGACCGAGGAGUGUGCCGAGGAGUGUGGGGAGCACGGCGCCUGCGUGGCCGGCGUCUGCCGCUGCGAGGAGGGCUGGGGGGGGCCGGGGUGCCGCCUCGGGGGGUGCCCGCCGGCGUGCGGCGUCCACGGCACCUGCCGGCACGGGGCGUGCACCUGCGACGAGGGCUGGAGCGGAGACACCUGCACCAUAGCCUACUACAUGGACAACGUGGUGAAAGAAGGCUGCCCGUCGCUGUGUUCCGAGCACGGCCGCUGUUCGCUGGGACACGGCGGGUGGCGCUGCCUCUGCGAGUCGGGCUGGCGGGGGAGCGCCUGCGACGUGGCCGCAGAGACGGCGUGCGGGGACGGCAGAGACGACGACGCCGACGGUCUCACCGACUGCCUGGACCCAGAUUGCUGCGUGCAGCCGUCGUGCCGCGCGGCCCCGACGUGCCGCGGCUCCCCGGACCCGGCGACGCUGCUGAGGCGGCCCGGCUGGGCCACGGCUCGGGCCGGGCCGAGCCGGGGUCGCGGGUGGCCGCCGGCCUCCUUCUGGGAGCGCGUCGGCUUCCUGCUGGGCAGGGACAGCGUGCACGUGGUGCCCGGGGAGAACCCCUUCGAUAGCAGCCGUGUGUGCGUGAUCCGGGGUCAGGUGACCACCGUGGACGGCUCCCCGCUGGUCGGGGUCAACGUGAGCUUCGUGGGGCUGCCCGCCCUGGGCUUCACUCUCACUCGGCACGACGGAUACUUCGACCUUCUGGCAGAGGGCGGCGGAUCGGCCGCGCUGCGUCUGGAGCGGCCUCCGUUCGUGGUGCGCGUGCGCUGGGUGCGCCUGCCCUGGCGCCGGCUUCUCGUGCUCGAGCCGCUGGUGCUGCGUCGCGAGCAGAACGAAAUCCCCAGCUGCGACCGCUCGGGACUCGAGCAGCCGGACCCCGUGGUGCUCGCCUGGCCGCCCGCGGGGGGCCAGGCCGAGCCCCACGUUGGGGGAGGUGGAGGUGAGGGCGCCGACGAGGAUGUGCUGCCGCUGACGCAGACGCUGCGCGUGAGGCUGCCGGUGCCGGGCUCGUCGCUGCGCCUCUCCUACCGCAGCGACGGCGCCCCGGCGCGCCGCUCGCUGCUUCGGCUGCUGCUGACGCCGCCGGUGCCGCCGCCGCGCCUCGCCGCCGUGCGGCUCCUCCUGGCGGUGGAGGGGCGGCUGCUGGAGCGGCGCUUCCCGCCGGCGCCUCGCCUCGCCCACACCCUGGCCUGGGACCGAACCGACGCCUACGGCUCGCGGGUCUACGGCACCGCACACGCCGUCGUGUGGGUGGGCUAUGAGUACGCGGGCUGUGCCGAGCUGGUGCUGUGGGAGCGCCGUGCGGUGGAGCUGCCGGCGUUCCCCCUGGAGCCGUCCGGGAUCGCCGGGUGGAGCCUGGAGCCGCACCACGCCCUGGACGUGCCCAGCGGCAUCCUGCACCGCGGCGACGGCUCGUCGCUGGCGCUACGCUCCCAGCCGCCCGUCAUCUCGACCUUCGUGGGCUCUGGGCGGCGCCGCCCUCUCUCGUGCCCGCCGGGGGCCCCGCCGCCCGGGGGCUGCCGGGGCCCCGCCGAGUCGGCGCGGCUGCUGGCGCCGGUGGCGCUGGCGUGCGGCGCGGACGGCGCCGUCUACGUGGGGGACUACAACUUGGUGCGGCGCGUGGAGCCCGCGGGCAACGUGAGCACCGUCAUGGAGCUCAGGAGUAAAGAAUUCAAGCACAGCGCGUCGCCGGCGCACAAGUACUACGUGGCCGUGUGCCCCGUGACGGGCGCCGUCAUCGUGUCGGACGGCGCCACGCGCCGACUCUACCGCGUGCGGCCGACGCCCCCGGCGGCGGGGGGCGGCGACGGAGCGCCGCCGCCGGUGGCCCCGGCCGAGGUGCUGGCCGGCAACGGGGAGCAGUGCCUGCCCAUGGACGGCGCCAAGUGCGGCGACGGAGGCCGCGCCACGGCCGCCAGCCUCAACCAGCCCCGCGGCGUGGCGGUGGACGAGCGGGGCCUCGUCUACUUUGUGGACGGCAGCUCGGUGCGCCGUGUGGACCAGAACGGCGCCAUCUCCACCGUGCUCGGCUCCACCGGCCUCGCCGCAGCCUCCGCUCGCCCGCUCAGCUGCGGGGACUCCAUGGACGCCGCGCAGGUGCGCCUGGAGUGGCCCACGGACCUGGCCGUGAGCCCGCUGGACAACUCGCUGCUGGUGCUGGACACCGGCGUGGUGCUGCAGGUGUGGGACGGGCGCCGCGCCCGCGUCGUCGCCGGGCGCCCGCCGCACUGCACGGCGCCCGGCGGCGUCGAGGCGCCGCCGGCGCCGCCCCUGGCGCCGGCGGCGCCUCGCUCGCCGCUGCAGUCGCCGGUGGCGCUGGCCGUGUCGCCGGACGGCGCGCUGCACGUGGCCGAGACGGACGGGCGCCGGCUGCACCGCGUGCGGCGCGUGGCGCCCGAGGGCGGCGCCGUCACCGUCGCGGGCGGCGUCGCGCCGUGCGACUGCGGCGCCGAGUCCGGCGCCGGCGCGGCGGCCGUCGCGACCGGCGCCGGACCGCCCGCCGCGGCCUCCUCCUCCUCCUCCUCGUCGUCGUCGUCGUCAUCUUCGUCGUCUCCGCCGUCAUCGCCCACCCCGUGCGAGUGUUUUGGAGGGGACGGGGGCUCCGCUCGCGACGCUCGGCUCCACUCCCCCACGGCUCUCGCGUUCUGCCCGGACGGCUCCCUCUACAUAGCUGACUUGGGGAAUGUCAGGGUGCGUGUGGUGCGUGAGCCGGGCCCCAUGCGGGAAUCCACCUCCUCCACCUCCUCCUCCACCUCCUCCACCUCCACCUCCUCCUCCACCUCGUCGUCGUCGUCCACCUCGUCGGGGAGGCUGCUGGUGCCGCUGCCGGCGGAGCAGGAGCUGCUGGUGUUCAGCGCCACGGGUCGCCACCUGAGCACGCGGAGCCUCGUCACGGGAGCCACCCUCCUCAGCUUCUCCUACGGCGGCGGGGAGGGGGGCGACGAGGGGGGGGAGGGGGCCGGGCCGCUGUCGUCCCGCUACGCCACUCCGCCUACAACACGCCCCCCCCCCCCUUUCCAAGCCAAACGCACGACUCAGUCUGAACCUGGGGGACCCCCCCGCGGCAGCCGUCCCCACACGUCACUCCCCCCCGUCUGUCUCCCCCCCGCCCCGCCGCCCCCCACCAGCGACGCCGACGGCAACGUGCUGCGCGUGGAGCGCGGGGGGGGCUCCUCCCCCGCGGCGGGGGCCGAGGGGGGGGGUUUCCCUCCCCCCGCCGUCUCGGGCGGCGAGGCGGUGCGGCUGGUGGCGCCGGGGGGGCUGGCGACGGAGCUGGCGGUGUCGCCGGGAGACGGAGCGCUGCUGGGACUCGUCAGCCAGGGCCGGUGGCUGGCGCGGCUCGCGUACCACCCGGCCGGCGGCACGGGUGGCGGCACGGGUGGCGGUGGCGGCGGUGGCGGUGGGCUACUGGCGUCACGCACCGACCACAAUGGAUGGAGCACGUUCUACGACUAUGACGAGUCUGGUCACGUGGAGAACGUGACGUACCCCAGCGGCACCGUGCGCACGGUGAGGGCCAACGCCGACGCGGCGUUCCGCGUCGAGUGGUCAUCGUCCGACAGCGACGGCGCCGUGGCGCUCCUCACCACCGUCUCCAACGGCGACACCGCCUACUCCAUCACUCAAGGUGGGCGGCAGUUGGUGACGGUGGUGGUGGUGGUGGUGAAGGUCUCCAUACAGCUUCUCGUCGGCCCCCCACCACCUGACAAGCGCUUCUGA